AAUGAACAACUUUCUGGUGUUCAGGCUUGUCGAGGCCAUGGUUUGGAUGGAGGUGUGGAGGUGGAGGCUGAUUCUUCAUUCUCAGAGGAAGAGGACGGCAUGUCUGAGCUCUUUUCCAUUCCUAGUGACACAGCAGUCAUGUAUGCCACAUCUCCAGGUUACGGUGCAUUCAUGCAUCCUCUGGGCUCGGUGUUGAUUCAAACCCUCUGUGAUUUGCUAGAAAAGGAAGGAGGUCCAGAUCUGGAGAUCACAAGACUUCUGACUCGAUUAAACUACCAGGUGGCCUACAACUUUGAAUCCAGAGGGAAACUGUUGGGCGGCAAAAAGCAGAUGCCAUGUUUUGUGACCCGCUUUACCAGAGAGGUUUUCCCAUUCAUGGACAGUCAGACGACAGCAGCAGAAGAUUUGAGCUUGACCUUUGCAGCAACGAAGCUUAUCGAUGAACCCAGAAGAUCACGGAAGAGCUCCAUCAGCUGAAGAUCGCAGAACAGAGACUGACGGCAAAGAAUAUGUAGAAAAACUGAUUCAUGUUAGAUAUCAUAUCAUCUCAUUUGAUAAGAUAACAUAUAAUCACGUAAAGUUGCAUCAGUAAUAGGAAGUAAAGUGCUGGAAAACGUGCAGAAUGUGACUUGUUUUAUAAUGCCGUGUUUGCUACUUCCUUUUAUUUCUUUUCCUGAAGUAAAAUAGACCUCUUCUGUUUUAUGUGAAAGUGUAUUGAAAAAAAAAUAAAUAUAAAAAAUACAUUUAUAUAUAAAUCUUAAAGUGUUUAUCUGUAUUAUAUGUGAUAUUCAAAUAAAACCUAAACUGAACUCGAAGCUCAAUGUCUUACUAAAUUCAAAAAUCAAUCAGUGUUGCAACAG